ACUUCGCCGUUACUGUCGGGGUGACGUUUCCCGCGAUUAAUGACCUCGCUUCUCCCGGUACCCCAAAAUUGCGCCCAAAAACCUCAAAGUCGAAAACCUUCUGAUGUGAUAUGCGAGAGGAUCCUCAGAGGUGUCGAGAUAACCGACCUGUAAAGCGCGCCGUGCUCCAAUUAUCCAACACCGUCCACCUGCUCGAGCUCAGCCUCGCGGAGUCCCAGAAAAACGACGGCCUUUUACUGCUCGCGCUGAAAAUGAACGCAAUCUGCAACGAGUCCCUCGGAGAUCGACUGAAAGAGAGCGAGGCGGAAAAUGGCCGACUCCAGGACGUCGUCCGGCUCAAAUCGCAAGACUUGCUACGCAACGCGAGCUCGCCCACCGUCAGCCUCGUCCACCUCCAGUACAAGUAUGAAGAACUCGUUGCGAGCCACGCGGGCCUGCUCAACGUGCUCGAACGGCGGAACGACGAGCUCAAAACAUACGCCACGCAAAACUCGGAGCUCCGGCGCAAAAUGCUCGAGCUCGAGUCGCGCGUCGAAGAUCACCGGGUGCGGAUGGCGGAACUUGAACGCGAGAUUCGCGAGACGCGCGGCCGCAAAAACGACAAAAUCCGCAGGCUCAAGGCGCAGGGCCGCACGCUCGCGCUCGUCCACGACAGGCUGGUCGCGAUGCUGCACGGCCAAUGCAUCGCGCGCGACGACGUCAUCGGGCUGCAGCUAACGCGGACCGCUGAAUCGGACCGCGGGCUGCUGCUGCAGGAAAUCCGGCGCAACAACGUGCUGACGUACGAGAAUUUCCGUCAGCGGCAAGAGAUCGAGUGCCUGCGUGCGAUGUUGUUGAAAUAAAUCGACGAACGCCAACAUCGAUAACAUUUAUUUGCG